AACUCAUACUGGUGAAAAGCCGUUUUCAUGCGUGAAUUGUAGAAAAUGUUUUAGUCAAAAACAAGAUUUAACUCGGCACAUGAUGAUUCAUACUGGUGAAAAGCUGUUUUCAUGUGUGACCUGUGGAAAAAGUUUUAGUGGAAAAUGGAAUUUAUCUCAGCACAUGAGGAUUCACACUGGUGAAAAGCUGUUUUCAUGUGUGACCUGUGGAAGAAGUUUUACUCAAAAACACGUUUUAACUCGGCACAUGAGGAUUCACACUGGUGAAAAGCUGUUUUCAUGUGUGACCUGUGGAAGAAGUUUUCUUCAAAAACAGCAUUUAUCUCGGCACAUGAUGAUUCAUACUGGUGAGAAGCCGUUUUCAUGCGUGACCUGUGGAAGAAGUUUUACUCAAAAACAUGAUUUAACUCAUCAUGUCAUGAUUCAUACUGGUGAAAAGCCGUUUUUAUGUGUGACCUGUGGGAAAAGUUUUCUUCAAAAACAGCAUUUAUCUCGGCACAUGAUGAUUCAUACUGGUGAAAAGCCGUUUUCAUGCAUGACCUGUGGAAAAAGUUUUACUCUAAAACAUGCUUUAACUAUGCACAUGAAGAUUCACACUGGUGAAAAGCCGUUUUCAUGUGUGACCUGUGGGAAAAGUUUUAUUCGAAAACACAAUUUAAGUAAGCACAUGAUGAUUCACACAGGUGAAAAGCCGUUUUCAUGUGUGAAUUGUGGAAAAUGUUUUAGUCAGAAACACGAUUUAACUCGGCACAUGAGGUUUCACACUGGUGAAAAGCCAUUUUCAUGUGUGACCUGUGGAAAAAGUUUUAGUGGAAAACAGAAUUUAUCUAUUCAUAUGAGGACUCACACAGGUGAAAAGCUGUUUUCAUGUGUGACCUGUGGAAAAAGUUUUCUUCAAAAACAGCAUUUAUCUCAGCACAUGAUGAUUCAUACUGGUGAAAAGCCGUUUUCAUGUGUGACCUGUGGGAAAAGUUUUUGUCAAAAACACAAUUUAUCUAUUCACAUGAUGACUCACAGAGGCGACAAGCCGUAGCAGUGUUUUACAUGUGUGUCCUGUGUUGAGGUUCACUAUUAAAUUGAUUUGGUUAAAAACUAGAAUUAAAUACUGGAGAGAUUUCAUGUCUAUAAAGCAUCUUGACAUUAGGAUACGUAGAGAUGUGAAGCAAUUUCCUUGAGAGAUGCUUUGUUUUUUUUCUGGCAUAUUCUGUAGCAACAAUAAUGACAAACUGUAUUGUUGUUAUAUAAACCAUUCAAUAAAAUGACAUGGAUUAUAACAAAA